AUGAUCCCGGCGCCCGCAGUUGAUAGUUUGCCGGACUUAACGGUGUUCCCGGAGUCGCAUGAGGCGCCAUCACCACCGAGCCGUGGGAUGAUCCCGGCGCCCGCAGUUGAUAGUUUGCCGGGCUUAAGGGCGAUCCCGGAGUCGCAUGAGGAAGUUGUGCACUUCGACUUCGACGAGGAACUAGCAGCGAUUGAAGAGGUUUCACCGGAUGAACUUGAGCGUUUGCGGAAACUGGCCGUGGAAAAGCAGAAAGAAGGAGCAGCCCCGUUGCCGGUGGUGCGCCUUUGCUUCGUCGGUCGAGGUCGCGCAGGGAAAACGACAACUCUAAGGCGGCUCAAAGGUGAACCAUUUCGAGACGAAGAGCCAUCCACCCAUGGUCUAGAUGUUUGGGCCGGCCAAGCUGAAGCCCAUCUACAAGCAGACGGAAGCGCAGUUGGCCCGUGGAAGGAAUGGAAGGAAUCCAUGCACCAUACUGCUGUCGAGGACGCUCUUCGGAAGGCACCAGAGGCCGAUGUGGAGAAUCCGGGGACCGCAUACUCUCGUGCAGCGGUUUACGUCAAGCAAAAAAAUGAUGCCGCUCCGCUCCUUCCACCAGAGACGUGCGGGCCUACGAUCAUGGAUGAGGGUACUCUUUCCAACAUCCUUUCCAGAAAGAAAAGCGAAAAAGGCGGCGUAGAGGUGAGAUUGCAGUGCUGGGAUUUCCCAGGACAAGAAGAAUACGCACUGCUGAACCAAAUAUUUUUUUCCGAGAGGGCAAUCUACCUGGUGUUUUUCGACAUGACUGGGAAGAUGGAUGAGGAAUGGCGCCAUAUAUGUUUCUGGCUAUGGGCCAUCGGGAUGUUUUCAAAGAAGAAGAACGCAAAACCGCCUAUUCUUCUUCUUGGGACUAAAGCUGGGGAACCAUAUUCGUACAAACUUGAUGAGUUAGAACUGCAGAAACGCCUUGAGGAUCUGCAGGAAAAAGUCCCCUGGUUAAAGGAACAGCUGCAGCUACAUCCGAAUGGUUUCUGGCUAUUCCCCAUCGAAAACAAAGGAACCAGUUCUGAGGCAUUCAUUAGCCCCUUGCGCCUGCACCUGCAACACGUGGCGUUGCAAUUUGUCACUCCACGUGACAGUUUGGAGGCCGAUGAUGAUGCCGUAUCAGGAUUGGUGGGAGUGCAGGCAAAACUGUACCCGUUGGCCUGGUUACAAGCCCAUGAUCUGCUGACUCGCCUUGGAUCCGGCUUCAGGGCCACAGCUCCGAUGGUUGAAGUUGAGAAGGUUGCGCCAGAUGCGGAACUCAAAUCAGGGCGCAAGCUUGAGAUUGCGUCGAAUCUGCGGGCAACCCUCUCAGACAAGAGUUGGCUGAUUGUGCCAAGGGGAUCUUCCAUCAAAAUUGAAAACGAGGCUGGCGUGGGUGCCAACGGCAUCGAGCUGAACUUCCACGUCUUCUGUGACUUUCUGCAGCUGGAAGUAGUUCAACAGCUUCUCGAGGGCAUGCAGCCUAGAGGCUUGUCCAACAACGACGCCGAGACAGUUUUGAGGUUGCUUAACCUGUUAGGCACUUUAGUGUGGAUGGACCAGCCCGAGCUUCGAAACCUUGUGCUUCUCAAUCCACGCCGAGUUGCAGUUGCAAUGGCAUCAUUGAUGACCAUUUGCUUUGGCCAGGAGAACUUUGAACACAGAGACAUGAUGAUGAUUGAGCGCAAAAUCACUGAACAUCGUAGUGACCUUCUUCGAUUCCAGUCAACGGGGAUCGCAACGCGCAAGUUGAUCAGAGGACUUUGGAAAGAGGAGUUUCCUGAGGAGAGCCAGCAAGAGCUAUUACGGCAGAUCUUGCUGGAAAAACAUCUGAUGUUCGAGCGACUUGUUCAGGAUGAGUUCGUUCUUCCAAGUUGUUUACCCGUUGCACACAGCGCAGAAGAGGUCUUAAGAGAGGCAGGCAAAGUCUUGUACCUUGAUGUCGGUGGUCUUUUGUCCCCCAAUUUCUUCCCGGCGUUGGCGCAGAAGAUGUACAGUUGCCAGAUCACAAACGACUCUGAAAGCACAUGGAAACCAGGACCGCCCCAAGUCUUCCGGAAUCGCGGGCACUUUCAUGCAGGCACAUGUUCAGUGUCAAUAUCUGUAUUUCCAGUCAGUUUGUGCAGAAGCUCCAAGAGUGUAUUGCGAAUCGUUGUUCAGGGAGGCAACGAACUGAAAUACGAAGAAGUUGCCCAAAAUGUGAAACAUUUGCUAGAGAAAGAUAUUUUUGGCUUCAAUCCUGGAUGUGAAGCAGAUCCUGCCUCCUUUUUUCAGUUGAAAGCUGUCCCAAAAGAGAACGAUGAUUUUGAAGGCAUUGAUUCAGCACUUUGCAUGAAUGUGGGAUGUAAGCAAACAUGCUCUCUCUGUAGACUCCGGGCCUUAUUGGAAGAGCGUUUCCUACCCGACUUGGACAGUGCCCUCCGCUCUGUUGUGCAAAGCGCUGCCAUUUUCGGAAGGCACACACGACCUGCGGGCAGCUUCCGUUUCAAGGCCAUGAAAUAUCCUGGUGAUGUUGACCUGGAAGAGUAUUUGGCCAUAGAUGCCAACAGUCGAGAUGAGGCCCUGACAGAACUUUGCAGGACCAUUCAGACGCAAUAUGGGAAUAUCACUGGGGCAGGUGGUGUGGAAGUGUUUUUCGGUGGAUUCAAAGCAGGUUUUGAGCCCGCGUCUGAAUGUAGCGGUGCAAAAACAAAAUACCUGAGUUGGACGCAACAAGACAUUUUGUGCUCGUCAACAGAAGCUUUGAAAAAAGCUUUGGGAGAAGGUCAUCAUACUUGGACUGCCAAGCUUGACAUGUUUGCAAAAGUGAAUCUUUUUGAGGAUUCCAAAGAGACACCUCGCUAUUUCGAGGUUACCAAUGUCCUGCGAGCUGGUUGGUUCAAAGGGCCUCAACCUAUCCAGCCGAUCAGCGACGAGAAGGAUUUUUUGCAGUCAGUUGAGAAGAAUUUGGAGAAGUUUUCAGGCGAGGAACCCAAUGCAAUGAAGUACGUCAAGCGCCUUUGGGAGAGAAGUGCCUAUUUGGCUGAACGAGGAUUUGACUUGGAGUGGAACUUGAGCAUUUUGGAGGCUCUCCGCCCGCUGCUUGGUCACUGGGUCGCUGAACUCAAUCAAGUUGCGGCGCAUGUCGAGACCAUCAUCAAUAUGAUGCAGUCUUCCCACGAGUUGUUUGAACAUGCAUGUGCCGACCUGCCCAUACUUCGUCAGAACUUGAGCAGAUUGAAGUCUCGGCUUCACAACAUUGAUGAGUCAGAGAAGCAGGCUGCAGAAGAUGGGCGCGACAGCAUUGCAAAAGCAAUGGAGUACAUCCCGGAGCUGCUACCAGAAUCGCCACCAGAAGCUCCGAAAGAGAAAGACAUGUUACGUACAUUCCUGCAUAAAGCACAGCUGUUGUUGGAAAGCUGCGUUGAGACCGUCUUGAUCGGAAAAUUGGGUUCUUUCGAAGUUCCAGUGGCCAAACCACUCGGCAAGCUCUGGACGUUUCCAUCAGACCACCCUCCCAUUGCAGCUAUGCUCAAACUCGGUGAGAACUCCAUCAAGGUUGCUUCCUGGAAUGUUCUGAACCGGAACUAUUAUAAAUACAUAGAUAAAGACACACAAGGACUCAAAGGCUCGGAAAUAACAAUGCAGCAUGAAGCUGGUACAAGAGAGAGCAAGAUCAUUGAGAAGAUCGAAGAGAUGCUACAGAACGAUUUCCGAAUAUUGUGCUUACAAGAAUGCUGGCCGGAGUUGCUUCAGCAGCUUGGAGAAGCUUUGGAGGAAAGACAACCUGAAGUUCAGAUGCGCUGCAGCGGAGAAGACAAGAACCAAGAGGCAAUCCUUUUCCAUUCCGACCAUGUUUACUUUCGGGAACGUAUUCAUUUUCAUCGCGCCUUCAGAGAGAAUUUCAAGAAGGUGGUGACUGAGGCCCAUUUCAAACAUGCUGGGAUGGGCCUUUUGCGUGUUGUGACAACGCAUCUACCCGGCGCUCCUUUUGGGCGCGCUCGCAAAGAAUUCGCCGAUUGCAUAGCUGGGAUUGUCAAGGGCGAGAAGCUGCCAACUGUACUGCUGGCAGAUCUGAACUUUCCCGAAAAGGCCAUACAACCUCUUUUGCUUGAUCAUGACCUUGACGUAUCCUUCGUCCCGACACCUUAUCCAACGAACAUUUGCCAGGGGUCCUUGCUGCCGAAGAGGAUUGAUAGCAUUGCAGUCAUCAACCACGAGGUCAAAGGCGCAACGCUCCAAGCCACAGCUCUGAAAGCUGAAGACGUCCUCGAUGGUCUCAGAGAAGUUGUGGACCUCUUGAAAUCCAGGUCAGCAGAGCCAUGGACGCCAACGCGAUACCAAUCAGAUAAGGACCCUUCGGGCAGGUGGUCCAUGAACUUCACGUACACCAUUGGCCCAGAAGGCAACGAAGGGAUCUUUGAUGGAAAGGUGCAGCUGUUGGAUCGACAUGUGUACAACUCCGUGAGUGCCGCCGUCAACUACUUGAAUGAUGGCCUUAGUGAGCAGACCACGGGUCGCGAAAACAGCUCCUACCUUGGGUAUACCCUGAACAAUCUGUCUCCCUGGGCUCUGCGAGCAGUGGCCACCAGCGCCGUAGAACAACGAACGAGGCGCAAACAGAGCACCAGCUGGCGCAGUCCCAGAGGCGACAUCGGAGUGUUGAGUGACAUGACAGCCUUCGACUUGGCCUUGAAGAAGUACGCUCCCGACCGGUUGCGGACUUGUGGAGGCGAAGCACUUGUGCCCUGGGCCUUGAGAACUGGGGUUGCUGGGGUUGGGCAUUUCUGCCUCCGCAAGAAUGUCUACACUGUAGAUGCCAUGUUGUGCGACCGUCCUAUCACUGGCGAGCUUGAGCCCCUCAAAGUCAUUGGCUUCAUCAAGCCGGACGAGUUUCUUGCGAUGUGGGUUCUGAUGCAUGCAGCAUGCGAGAGUUGCCAAGAUCGGUUGGACCGAGCACGCAGCGAUGAAGACGCAUCGAAAGGGUGGGACAGGUCAGAAUCUGCUUGGAUUCCUAGCAAGACUUCUGCGGUGUCACCGGAAGAACUUGAGCGUUUGCGGGAACUCGCAGUGGAAAAGCAGAAAGAAGGAGCAGCCCCGUUGCCGGUGGUGCGCCUUUGCUUCGUCGGUCGAGGUCGCGCAGGGAAGACGACAACUCUAAGGCGGCUCAAAGGUGAACCAUUUCGAGACGAAGAGCCAUCCACCCAUGGUCUAGAUGUUUGGGCCGGCCAAGCUGAAGCCCAUCUACAAGCACACGGAAGCGCAGCUGGCCCGUGGAAGGAAUGGAAGGAAUCCAUGCACCAUACUGCUGUCAAGGACGCUCUUCGGAAGGCACCAGAGGCCGAUGUGGAGAAUCCGGGGACCGCAUACUCUCGUGCAGCGGCUUACGUCAAGCAAAAAAAUGAUGCCGCUCCGCUCCUUCCACCAGAGACGUGCGGGCCUACGAUCAUGGAUGAUGAUACAAUUUCCAACAUCCUUUCCAGCGAGAAAAGCGAAAAAGACGGCGUAGAGGUGAGAUUGCAGUGCUGGGAUUUCCCAGGACAAGAAGAAUACGCACUGCUGAACCAAAUAUUUUUUUCCGAGAGGGCAAUCUACCUGGUGUUUUUCGACGUGACUGGGAAGAUGGAUGAGGAAUGGCGCCAUAUAUGUUUCUGGCUAUGGGCCAUCGGGAUGUUUUCAAAGAAGAAGAACGCAAAACCGCCUAUUCUUCUUCUUGGGACUAAAGCUGGGGAACCAUAUUCGUACAAACUUGAUGAGUUAGAACUGCAGAAACGCCUUAAGGAUCUGCAGGAAAAAGUCCCCUGGUUAAAGGAACAGCUGCAGCUACAUCCGAAUGGUUUGCGUGACAGAAACUGCUGGCUAUUCCCCAUCGAAAACAAAGGAAUCAAUUCUGAGGAAUUCAUCCGCCCCUUGCGCCGGCACCUGCAACACAUGGUGCUGCAAUUCGUCACUCCACGUGACAGUUUGGAGGCCGAUGAUGAUGCCGUAUCAGGAUUGGUGGGAGUGCAGGCAAAGCGGUACCCGUUGGCCUGGUUACAAGCCCAUGAUCUGCUGACUCGCCUUGGAUCCGGCUUCAGGGCCACAGCUCCGAUGGUUGAAGUUAAGAAGGUUGCGCAAGAUGAGGACCUCGAAUCAGGGCGCAAGCUUGAGAUCGCGUCGAAUCUGCGGGCAACCCUCUCAGACAAGAGUUGGCUGAUUGUGCCAAGGGGAUCUUCCAUCAAAAUUGAAAACGAGGUUGGUGUGGGUGCCAACGGCAUCGAGCUGAACUUCCACGUCUCCUGUGACUUUCUGGAGCUGGAAGUAGUUCAACAGCUUCUCAAGGGCAUGCAGCCUACAGGCUUGUCCAACGACGACGCCGAGACAGUUUUGAGGUUGCUGAACCUGUUAGGCACUUUAGUGUGGAUGGACCAGCCCGAGCUUCGAAACCUUGUGCUGCUAAAUCCACGCCGAGUUGCAGUUGCAAUGGCAUCAUUGAUGACCAUUUGCUUUGGCCAGGAGAACUUUGAACACAGAGAUAUGAUGAUGAUUGAGCGCAAAAUCACUGAACAUCGUAGUGAUCUUCUUCGGUUCCAGUCGACAGGGAUCGCAACGCGCAAGUUGAUCAGAGGACUUUGGAAAGAGGAUCCCAGGGAGUUUCCUGAGGAGAGCCAGCAAGAGCUAAUACGGCAGAUCUUGCUGGAAAAACAUCUGAUGUUCGAGCGACUUGUUCAGGAUGAGUUCGUUCUUCCAAGUUGUUUGCCCAUUGCACACAGCGCAGAAGAGGUCUUAAGAGAGGCAGGCAAAGUCUUGUACCUUGAUGUCGGUGGUCUUUUGUCCCCAAAUUUCUUCCCGGCGUUGGCGCAGAAGAUGUACAGUUGCCAGAUCACAAACGACUCUGAAAGCACAUGGAAACCAGGACCGCCCCAAGUCUUCCGGAAUCGCGGGCACUUUCAUGCAGGCACCUGUUCAGUGUCAAUAUCUCUAUUCCCAGUCAGUCUGUGCAGAAGCUCCAAGAGUCUUUUGCGAAUCGUUGUUCAGGGAGGCAACGAACUGAAAUACGAAGAAGUUGCCCAAAAGGUGAAACAUUUGCUAGAAAAUGACAUUUUCGGUUUCAAUCCUGGAUGUGAAACAGAUCCUGCCUCCAUUUUUCAGUUGAAAGCUAUCCCAAUUACUUCAGCACUUUGCAUGAAUGUGGGAUGUCAGCAAACAUGCUCUCUCUGUAGACUCCGGGCCUUAUUGGAAGAGCGUUUCCUACCCGACUUGGACAGUGCACUCCGCUCUGUUGUGCAAAGGGCUGCCAUUUUUGGAAGGCACACACGACCUGCGGGCAGCUUCCGUUUCAAGGCUAUGAAAUAUCCUGGUGAUGUUGACCUGGAAGAGUAUUUGGCCAUAGAUGCCAACAGUCGAGAUGAGGCCCUGACAGAACUUUGCAGGACCAUUCAGACGCAAUAUGGGAAUAUCACUAGGGCAGGUGGUGUGGAAGUGUUUUUCGGUGGAUUCAAAGCAGGUUUUGGGCCCGUUACCAAUGUCCUGCGAGCUGGUUGGUUCAAAGGGCCUCAACCUAUCCAGCCGAUCAGCGACGAGAAGGAUUUUUUGCAGUCAGUUGAGAAGAAUUUGGAGAAGUUUUCAGGCGAGGAACCCAAUGCAAUGAAGUACGUCAAGCGCCUUUGGGAGAGAAGUGCCUAUUUAGCGGAGCGAGGAUUUGACUUGGAGUGGAACUUGAGCAUUUUGGAGGCUCUCCGCCCGCUGUUUGGUCACUGGGUCGCUGAACUCAAUCAAGUUGCGGCGCAUGUCGAGACCAUCAUCAAUAUGAUGCAGUCUUCCCACGAGUUGUUUGAACAUGCAUGUCAGAACUUGAGCAGAUUGAAGUCUCGGCUUCACAACAUUGAUGAGUCAGAGAAGCAGGCUGCAGAAGAUGGGCGCGACAGCAUUGCAAAAGCACUGAAGUACAUCCCGGAGCUGCUACCAGAAUCAUCACCAGAAGCUGCGAAAGAGAAAGACAUGUUACGUACAUUCCUGCAUAAAGCACAGCUGUUGUUGGAAAGCUGCGUUGAGACCGUCUUGAUCGGAAAAUUGGGUUCUUUCGAAGUUCCAGUGGCCAAACCACUCGGCAAGCUCUGGACGUUUCCAUCAGACCACCCUCCCAUUGCAGCUAUGCUCAAACUCGGUGAGAACUCCAUCAAGGUUGCUUCCUGGAAUGUUCUGAACCGGAACUAUUAUAAAUACAUAGACAAAGACACACAAGGACUCAAAGGCUCGGAAAUAACAAUGCAGCAUGACGCUGGUACAAGAGAGAGCAAGAUCAUUGAGAAGAUCGAAGAGAUGCUACAGAACGAUUUCCGAAUAUUGUGCUUACAAGAAUGCUGGCCGGAGUUGCUUCAGCAGCUUGGAGAAGCUUUGGAGGAAAGACAACCUGAAGUUCAGAUGCGCUGCAGCGGAGAAGACAAGCAUCUACCCGGCGCUCCUUUUGGGCGCGCUCGCAAAGAAUUUGCCGAUUGCAUAGCUGGGAUUGUCAAGGGCGAGAAGCUGCCAACUGUACUGCUGGCAGAUCUGAACUUUCCCGAAAAGGGGUCCUUGCUGCCGAAGAGGAUUGAUAGCAUUGCAGUCAUCAACCACGAGGUCAAAGGCGCAAAGCUCCAAGCCACAGCUCUGAAAGCUGAAGACGUCCUCGAUGGUCUCAGAGAAGUUGUGGACCUCUUGAAAUCCAGGUCAGCAGAGCCAUGGACGCCAACGCGAUACCAAUCAGAUAAGGCUGGCCAAGCGAUUUGGGAGUCGCUUUGUCUCAUGAAGGAUAAGGUGUGCGCCGUGCGCAUGGGUAUUUAUCAUGGCCAAAGCUUCGUCCGUGCCACCACCCCUGCCGCCGCCAUUGCAGCAGAAGAAAAUCAAUAG